AGGAGAAGGGGGGGAGGAAAAACACUAAAGGGGUAGCUAUGGAGAUGGAGCGUUUUCCUGGCUGCUUUCUUUGACAGGUGUUGAGUGGGGCAAAAGUCUUAAAACAGAAUCCAGCAUGUACGCCAAAGGUAAAGGAGCUGUCGUCCCUUCCGACAGCCAGGCGAGAGAAAAGUUAGCUUUAUACGUGUACGAGUACUUGCUGCAUGUCGGCGCACAGAAAUCAGCACAGACCUUCCUGUCAGAGAUCCGAUGGGAGAAGAACAUCACACUUGGGGAACCUCCAGGAUUUUUACACUCGUGGUGGUGUGUAUUCUGGGAUCUGUACUGCGCUGCCCCGGACCGGAGGGAGACAUGCGAACAUUCCAGCGAGGCCAAGGCUUUCCAUGACUAUAGCGCCGCCGCCGCCCCCAGUCCAGUGAUGGGCAACAUGCCACCCAACGAUGGCAUGCCGGGGGGACCCAUGCCCCCGGGCUUCUUUCAAGGUCCACCAGGAUCUCAGCCUUCCCCGCACACGCAGCCUCCUCCACACAAUCCCAGUAAUCCCAUGAUGGGACCUCACGGACAGCCAUUCAUGUCUCCACGGUACCCAGGUGGCCCCCGGCCCGCACUUCGUAUGCCAAACCAACCUCCUGGGAGCAUCCCUGGCUCGCAGCCGCUCCUGCCAAACAGCCUGGACCCCACCAGACCUCAAGGACAUCCAAACAUGGGCGGUCCAAUGAGAAUGAAUCCCCCCCGAGGCAUGGGAGGCAUGGGCCCGCAGAACUACGGCGGAGGAAUGAGGCCUCCUCCGAACUCCAUGGGGCCAGGGAUGCCCGGCAUGAACAUGGGUCCUGGUGGAAGAGGUCCAUGGCCGAACCCCAACACUAACUCAAUAGCUUAUUCAUCUUCAUCUCCAGGCAACUAUGUGGGCCCUCCAGGGGGAGGCGGCCCACCAGGAACCCCCAUCAUGCCUAGCCCCGGAGACUCAACAAACUCAAGCGAAAACAUUUACACAAUGAUGAAUCCCAUCGGUCCUGGUGGAAACAGACCUAAUUUCCCGAUGGGACCAGGUCCUGAUGGACCAAUGGGCGGAAUGGGCGCAAUGGAACAGCAUCAUAUGAAUGGAUCGCUAGGCUCUGGUGACAUGGAUGGGUUGCCAAAGAACUCUCCCAACAACAUGGCAGGCAUGAACAAUCCCCCAGGCACUCCGCGGGACGACGGCGAGAUGGCGGGCAACUUUUUAAACCCAUUCCAAAGUGAAAGUUAUUCACCCAACAUGACGAUGAGUGUGUGAUUUUUUUUAUCUUUGAUUUUAUUUUAUUUCUUUUUCAUCCCUCUUCCCAAUCUCCCUGUCCCGCCGGUCCUGAUGCAUUUACCCCCCUCCUUUAUCCCUACCUCCCUUUCCUCGUGGACGGUGUGCUGUGCCACACAGCCCCUGGGGAUGUCCCUGGAAAGCAGGAGUCCACUCAAGGCUUCUCAUCCCAACGCCUGUAAAAUGGGUAUAAGAACAUGAACUGGCCUCCCAGCAACAGGAAGGGUCUCCUUUCUGCUUCACCUGGGCCUGAUGGCCCGGGUGGCGUCCAAGUCUAGUCAAGAUGCCCCUAUGCAUCUACCACACUCCACUUGACCGUGCUGCUCCUAACGUAUGGGGGGCAGCCAGCAAUUGACUGACAGGGGGCCUGAAAACCCCCAUUCAUAAACUCUCAUCUGUGGCAGGAAUGAUAAAAAAAGGACUGUUGUUAUUAUAUAAGGCAAGAAUGGUUUUCAUUUAAUGUUUGUACUUUUUGUUGUUGAUAAUGAGGUUAUUGUUAUAAAUGUCAUAAUUGAUAUUCUACUAAUGUAGUUAUGAUUUCUUGUAAGAGGCACAUGUUAUCUCAGCAGCAACAUCAAAAAUGAUAGAAUAAGCACACGCUCCAAAAAUGCACAAUGAUUUUCUGUUUACAUGAUUUUAGGUUGUUUUGUCGUUUUCUGUUUUUUUUGUCACAUUGGUUUCACUUAACAUACCUCUCCUUAAAACGUCCUCUGACCUUUUAGUUGUUGUUCGCCUUUUAAGCGUCUGCUUCACCAUUUCCAUAAACAUACAAGUGUUUAGAUGAUUGAUGAGCUUUCCCUGGUAAAGGAGUGUUAAUGUCUUGGCUCAAACGUAUCCACACAGUAAUAACAGAGGCCUUCUCCACAUUGUUUUGUCUGCUGCUGCACCUGAAUGAUCAGAUGUCUCGCUAUGUUUCCUGUCCCUCCUGCUAAAACAAAGCAGUGGGAUCUCUCAUUUCCUCUAUGGGUUUGAUCUUGUGCAUAAAUACAUCAUAUUUAGCUUGUAUUGUUCUUGUUGUAUUGGUCAUUUACACGUUGUCUGUGAAUCCUUCCCCUUCAUGGGUUCACUUGAUUUCAGCCUCACUGUGAACUCCCAGGACUCGGCUGUGUUUAGACUGGGGGAGAUCCACUCGUAAAGCCUGCUCUCAUGCUUUGAACCAAGGCUAAACUUGCAGACCCUGAAUGAUUCACUUUCCUAACUCAGACAAGACAGGAUGAAUAACCGUCUCUUGUGAGCUCCCAUCGACCUGUUCCCUCAGUGAGUCACUCGUGUACAGGAUAAUGGAUCCAGAGAAUUGGACAGCUGUAGCAGCUCUGAUGACAGGAGGCGAGCGAUCCACCUCUGGAGCAACAAACCGUACAGCCUCCUGAAGACAAGGGGGCAAUAAUACAACACUUUUGCAAUGGAUAGUUCUUUUAUUGUGGAUUGUCAUUUUUCUUUGGAUUGCUUUUAUUUUCUUAUUGUAUUCGACUGAGAAGAAAAUUAAAGCCCACAGAAUCUGCACACAAAGAAAAGCUUAGUUACAUAAUUGUUUCGUUCUGUUGUGUCCUCUUACGCCCGGCGAACUCUGUCACUCAUCAAAAGGAUUUAUUAUCUCUCAUAACAACAUGACAGUGCUUGUGUUCUAUGUUCAAACCAACAGCAAACAACCAUUGUAGCCUCUGUGGGUGAUGGUGAUGUAGUUACCAGUUUUCUGAUAUGAAUGUGGAUUGUACCCGUAGUUGGACAGGGACCUCUCCAGUAUUGGCUCGGUGGCCGAGGGAACACUCUCUCCAGUGUUUCUUCAAUAUACUGAUAGAACCCACCACCACCACCUCACCCAACCCCCCCAAACCUAUCCUCUUUUUCUUUAAUUUCCCUUUUUUGUAAAUACUGUAUAAUGCAUUUUGAUAUCAUUGACAUGUUUUGAUAUGUCAGUCACUACCAAUGAAUACAGCUGAAAGUAAAUUAUAAAUAAGACUGUCCAUGUUUUUCUUAGAGAAAUGAUGCGCUGAUUUGGCUCACGUGGCUAAAGUUCCAUUCAAAUGUAUAGACUAUGGUAAUGGUAAAUGCAGAUUGUGAGCUAAAGGCUUGUACGGUGGGGAGGAUAGGACAGAGAGAGGACAGGACAAAGAGAAGCGUCCUCACUCUGCCCUUGUCUUCUUGCGUUUCAGCUGAAUGUUAGUUUUGGCUGUGAAUAAUCAGCAUUUGAAUAAUUUUUCUAAAGGGCAUCUUCUCACAAAAAAAAAACGUGUGACCUCAUAUUGCAGUUUUUAAUAUGAAGGAUUUUUAUCGAUUAAAGAAAACUUUUAAAAAGUAGAAAAUACUUAAGAGAACCUCAUUUUAAAUUAAGAAUAGAUCAAAAAGUAAUACUUAUGGUUGAAAACUGUGUCCUUUGCUAUUCGCGCCUGUAAUAGCAUUGUAUAGAUUGAAGCUCUCUUACCGAUCCUCUCUCAGUCCUCUGUGUAUAUCGAUUGUUGGCCAUCUCUGUACUUCUAUUGUGAUGUAUAAUACUGUACCAUUAGGAAGAUUUGCCGAUUGGGUGGGGUGGUUAUGUUGAGUCGGGGAGGGGGGGUUCAAGGGAAGGGGAUAUAAAUGAUUCUCCUGUACCGUUCAUGGUCCUUUCUGAUGACACGGCAGUAUUCAAUAUGAAGCAGUCUGUCUCUUGGGUUUGCUUUGUAUUUCAUGGUAGGGUAGUUCAGAUUCUUGUCUUAGGGACUUAGUUGUCUUGUGUAGGUAAUAAAGAUGUUCUUUGUAUGUUUCUUUAUAUUGUAAAGUUUCUUUAGACUGAAAGAAAAACAGAUAAUUUGCUUAUGAAAAAAGAAACGUUGCAUCAAUAAUAAAUGUCCUUUGAUUUUU